GAUAAACACCCCCCCCCCACCCCGCGAGAGAGGGAGGGGCAAGAUGGCGGCGCCGCGGGGGAGCCCGUCGGGGCUGGGACUUUUUCUGCUGCUCCUGAUCUGCGGGAGGGGCUGGGCUGCCGCGGGCUCCUCCGAGGCCUUUGACUCGGCGCUGGGCAGCACGGCGUCGUGCCACCGGGCCUGUCAGCUGACUUACCCCCUGCACACCUACCCCAAGGAAGAGGAACUGUACGCAUGUCAGCGAGGCUGCAGACUGUUUUCUAUUUGUCAGUUUGUGGAUGAUGGAAUUGACUUGAAUCGUACCAAACUGGAAUGCGACUCUGCCUGUACUGAAGCAUAUUCCCAGUCUGAUGAACAAUAUGCUUGCCAUCUUGGGUGCCAGAAUCAGCAGCCAUUUGCUGAACUGAGACAAGAGCAAUUAAUGUCCCUGAUGCCAAGGAUUCAUCUCCUUUUCCCUCUGACACUGGUGAGAUCAUUCUGGAGUGACAUGAUGGACUCAGCACAGAGCUUCAUAACUUCCUCAUGGACCUUCUACCUUCAAGCAGAUGAUGGCAAAAUAGUUAUAUUCCAGUCAAAGCCAGAAGUUCAAUAUAUUCCACAGGACACCACAGAUCUUAAAGAAUCGUUGUUGAGCAAAACAUCCGCAGACCUACAGCCAGGAGGUUCACAGACACACACAGGAUUUUUUGAAGAGGAGGAAAGAAAUAGCUUUUUCAAAUGUCUUUCUAUAAAUUCUGGUUGGAUUUUAACUACUACACUUGUUCUCUCCGUACUGGUGCUCCUCUGGAUUUGCUGUGCUACUGUUGCUACAGCUGUGCAGCAGUAUGUUCCAUCUGAGAAGCUGAGCAUCUAUGGAGACUUGGAGUACAUGAAUGAAAAACUGACCAGAUACCCAGCUUCUGCUCUUGUUGUUGUUCGAUGCAAGACUGAAGAACAUGAAGAAGCAGGACCUCUACCCACAAAAGUUAAUCUGGCUCAUUCAGCAAUUUAAAUAGCUUAAAAGAAUUUAAUAGACUAAUUCUAGCACUUCUAUCAACUCCUGGUGUUUUUUUAUGGUUUCUUCAGCUGCGGGGCUUAGCGGUCAGUGUUUAAAUGAAAAUAAAGUUACAGAAUCAACAAAUCAGUCUGUCAUGGAAUCCUUGUUUUCCUCCAGUAGUGAAGAGAAUUGCACGUUUAACUUGCAGUUUUUUUUCCAAAUAUAUGUAAUUGCUUUCACUGGAGUUUGCAAUGUGUCCUUUUUGCUUAACAAAAACUGUAAGCAUGCUCGCUACACUUCUACCAUGGCACUUUCAAUCAGUCAUUUCUAACCGUUCUAUGAUGUAAGAUCGGAAUUAAUUCUGUAAAAGUAGGAUAUAAAUUCUCAGUGGGCAGAAGAUGCUUAGGUCAGGCAUUUUCAGUUGUGAGUAACUAAGAACAUUAUUUGCAGAAAUGUUGUAUUAUCCGUUAAUCUUUGCAAUAACCCUUUUCCCAAAAAUAGAAAUGUAUUUUUUUACAGUUAUCAAAAUGCAGAGCGUUAAUGAGGUACUGCAGGUUUAGCUCAGGCUGUCAGAAAUACAAGUUUUUAAUGACUCAUGGACGUAUCCUUUUGCACUCAAAAAAGAGACAUGCUUAUUUAUUCUUUUGACAAACUUUAGCCUUAAACUCGUCAAUAGCUUGUUAGGGUAGAGCAUACUUUUUCUGAAGGCACUCCCUUUGCUGUAUUGAUUACCUAAGUGGGUCCAGUUGUUUCAUUGUCAGAAACAAAUUGAUUACUGAAAACUGAGAAUAAAUUUAGAAAAGUAGAAUAAUGACUGUAGCCUUUUGCUAUGGCUCUCAAUUAACCAUGAUGCACUCAGUAUGAGACUCAUCUACCAGCAUCCCCCUAAUAUAUGCAACCUUACCACAUUCUGCUACAUUAGUAAAUACUGUUACUGAAUUGUAUUAGUUAUGUGAGAAUAUUGUUAUAGCUAGUUUGUCCAACACAGUUCUAUUCUUUACUACAGUAGCUAUGAUCUAAUGGUGCCUGCUAGGCAUCUAUAAGCAAGAAGGGACUGUGAUGGUUUUCCUUACAAAGUCUCUUUGCAAAUGUUUAGAAACUGGCCCAAAUUAUAAGAUAACUUAUAACUUUUUGAACUUUAUCCGAUUGUCUACAUUCAGGUUAGAAGCAGGCAAUAGAAAUCUACUGGUUUUGCAUAGCUUUUGUACUCUAGCAAAAAUUAUACUUGAGACGUCCAGAGAAUAACUCGUUGCAUGAAUUAAAACCAGAAGAAUAAUUUUAAGUUUGGUUGAGAGUGAGGUUUAGAAAAAGGUAUGCAUUUAGUAAGUUUCUAAAGUUUGAGAACUAUAUAGUUGUGGUUAUAGAUCAUGUAUUAUGGGUCCAUACUUAGAGUGCAUACCACAUACACUGUGGUGCUUGCUAUAUGUGGUAAGCAUACACAGAGCUGCUACAAAUCGGUGCUCUCUUCAAAACUAUGUGCACCUUACUUUUUUGUCAUGAAGGUGUAAGAAGUUCAGGAUCUAAUUCUUCAAGGGGUCUAGUGUGUUAUUGUACAAACAUUGAAUUUAAGCCCAAUUACAUAGUAACUUUUGGUUGAUGUGGCAUUGAAAGAGGAUCUGACUUACAAUCAUGAAAGUUGGAGUGAAAUGCUGUUCUUAACAUGUCUUUAUUAAAUACCUAGGUUAUACAAGGGUCUAAAAAUGUGAUGGUUGGUUGUGCAGUGCUUUAAAAACUGUUUCAUAAUCUGAUGCCCCAAAAUAGCCUUUUCUAUAUCUGUAGUAGUAAUCAGUCCUAAGACUCUCAUUUCUAUGCAGUUAUGUACUUCAGACAUCGGUACACAGCCUUGUUUGAUACUAGCACAUCAGCAUUAAAUAUAACUUGUGCAAUGACAGUUUAAAAUCUUUAGGUGCAAAUGCAGACUUUAUACCAGUGGCUAUGGCUGGUAUUCUUUGCACUAACUUUGUCUGCAGUGCAGUCUCUGAAGACAUUUUAAUUAUCCCAAAUUUUGACAUAUAACUAGCAUUGAAUAUAGCAUAUAUGUAGCAUUGAAUCUGUUUUCCCUGUGAUGUGUAAAUGCUGGAAAUAGUGUUUAUGUAGCCUCACUGAAAGUAUAACUGUCCAGUUGCCUGUUUCACUAUGUAUAGUACAGCUUUCAUUAUGUCAAUGACUUUAAUUUUUAACUCAUGAGUGUAAAACUGUUUUUUCUUAACUUGUAUUUCUAAAGGUGGAUGUUUUCAAAUGUUUAAAUUUUUAAUUAUAUUUGGGUUAAUCAACA